AGUAAUAAGAGAUCAAAGAGGAGGUGGAUAACGACUAGAAUAGGAAAAGAAAAGUGGAAUAAGGAGAAAUAGAAGUAGGAGAGUAACAAGGAAAGUAAACAACGAGAAGAAAUACAGAUACAAAUGUGGAAAUCAAGGAAAUAAUGUAAGAAAAUGAAGGAAAAUGCUUAAAAAAUCGAAAUAAUACGUGAAAUGAAGUGAAUUAGUGAAAAAAAAACCUAUUUAUUCACAUAACUACCUAACGAGUUAACAUCCUGGCCAAGGCUCAUUCUACCCCAGCCUAACCUGCCCUUGGCUUACCCCCUCCUCACCUGACCUGCUGGGAAAUGGCAACCAGGCCCAGGUAGCAGCGAUGCCAGAGACAAGAGUAACCCAGCACUACCCCAAUGCUCGGCAGGGGAGUGUGGGGGCCCGAGGGUACAUGGCGGCAGGAAAGAACAUUGAUGUGGGAGGGGUGCGGCCGCUGGUGUCCCGAACAGAAAUUAACUGUGGCCGUCCCGGAGUCUCAUCCCGCACUGGCAAACCUGCAUACAAGUCCCAGGAGGAGCAGUACCAGGAGAUCCAGGAGCUACGACAGGGCCUGGGACACCUGAGGGAAGAGAACUCAACCUUGAGGACUCGGAGCCGUCGCCUGGAGGAGGACCUGGCGAGGCGAGAUAGACAGAUACAGCAGCUGAUGGACCCAACCAAGAAUGACGAGGCGCGCAGAAAACUCACAGACAAGGGCGCCUCCCUGGUGGCGAGCCUGAAGCUACGUGUGUCACGCCUGGAAGCCACACUGAGAGCCAAGGAGGCAGAGCUGGCCCGGCUGCAUGCCUCCGCCAAGGCCACGUCCCUCAAUGAGAUGAAGAUUGAGGCAGAGACUUACUAUCAGGAGGUGGUGAGACUGAGGAACCAAUUAAACAUCGUGCAGCAGCAGCAACAACAGCAGCAGCACCAGUAUUUCUCAGUGAACCAGCACCACCAGGAGCCACAGGAACACGCACCACCACCGCCACCACCACAGCACAACCAAGCACAAGUCAACACCACAGCCACAGCCACUCAGCCAACCCACUCCAGCACUAUGAGAGGGAAACGUGACAGUCGGGAGAGAGAGAGGGAGAGGGAGGCGCCGCAGGAUAGACGAGGGGGUGGUGAUGGCCAGGAGUCCCCCUCAGCGAGUCUCCGUCAUGCCCUGUCGCAUCUAGAGGAGGAAAACACGAGGCUUGGACAGCAGGUGUCAGCACUUGUGUCAGAGAAGGAGAAGCUGACGGCUGAUUUAGAGAGAGUCUUGGGCCUGACUGAGGAGGUGAAAGGCAGCUUUGAAGGGCUGAGUCGGGCUGAGUUGAUCCGAGAGGUGGAGCGCCGUGAAGCAGAGGUGGUACGCUGGGAGGCUCAACACAAACAACUGACGGAGGCUCUUGGCAGGCACUCAGAACAGGCUGGGGAGAACUCGGCACUCUUACAGGCUCGUGUGGCAGAGCUGCAGGGGCGUGAGGAGGAGUGGAACAGGGAGCGGUCGAGCCUGCAGGAGCUGAUCAACACUCUGAAGGAUGACCGGAUCUUCUACAAGGAGACGGCGCAGAAGAAAGACUCUGAGUUGGAUGGGCUGCGGCAGGAGGUCCAGGCGCUGCAACAGGAGGUGUCCGGGAUGCAGGAGGCACAGCGGCGGCGGGGGGAUAGACUCCUGGCCUCCACUCCUCGCAUCGCCAGGCCGGGAGCAGCCCCUGCAUCAUCACGCUCCGGCUCUAGCAGUGAGGCACACACCCCACCAAGCCGGCGGCCGCGCCCCUCCAGUGCCAGGCCCCCGGCAGCCGGCACCCGCCCACCACGUAACGCUAAGGCCUCCAGCGAACCCCGGGAGACAGCCAGUCCUUCUAGGCGCACCACAAGCACCACAACCCAGCCUAGAAAACUUCCCCCUGCUAAGUCCUCCUCCACUCGCACUGCAUCCUCUUCCGUGUCCUCCUCCCAGAUGUCCCCAAGGAAGCAGCCCACACCAGCCAGUCGUGGGGUGGUGAGGCAGAGCAGGCAGCCCACACCUUCAUCCUCCCUCUCCUCCAAGACCUCCACACCAACAGCUUCCCCUAGUAAGGUCCCAGCAAGAGUUACCAGCUCCUCCUCCUCGUCCCCGCAGCACAGGUCAAGUUUGUCUUCGCCACAGCAGAGGAACGGCACCCCAAGGUUAUCCAGGCAGCAGAAUGGCACCAUUGGGUCACCACAGCACAAAGAGAGUAUCAAUGCCUCACCUAAACACAGAAAUGGGGUCAUCGGGUCACCUCGGGUCAAACCAACGUCCCCAGUCAAGACUCCGACACCCAGGUCUUCCUCCAGGUCAUCCACCCCUUCAUCACAGGUCAGGUCUUCCCCCAGCAAGGUCACUGCUUCACCCCGCUCCCCAUCCAAGGUGCCCCAGCCCAGCCCUCGUGGAAGGAAGGGUGCCACAGAGGCUCCCCCUCCCCCCCCACAGCACACCCCUCGACGGCAGGGCAGCUCUGGCCUUUCUUCUACAGAGGAGGACGAGAGGGUGCUGGCUGAGAUCAUCUUCCAAAGGGACACUGAUACAAGCGUAGAGGCAGCUCCUGACACACCUCGCUCAGUCUCCAUGGCCAGGCAGCGCACAGUUACCCUUGACACACAGGAGGAGGAGGAGAGCCUGCAGGAACACACCUCUCUCUCCUCACAGGGGAUCAGUAGCAGGGAAGAGGAGGGACUGAAGGAAGAGGAGUUGUCGCCAGGGAAAAGGAGGCAAAAAGAUAGAGAGCCGUCCCUCAGCAGUCCUCGAGAGCAGCUGGCGGGGCUCCUCAGCGCACACACUCGCCGGUGCCUCCACUUGGCUAUGUGGCAGGACAGCCCCACAACCUCGCCAAGGCACCUGCAGGAGGCCCUCAGUUCGCUCCUGGUGGGACACUUGGGACGAAACAUCAAAGUCUCGGCCAUACAGUGCGGGGAGCCAGUGCUGAUUGCCGAGACCCUGGAUGUGUUGCGCUCACUGCUGUCAGGCCAUCUUAGCAGGCAGCAGGAAGUGAACCACCUGUUGACCAGUGCCCCACUGCUGGUCGGAGAGGGUCAGGGUGGCGGUGGCGGGGCCCUUCAUUCACCCCGAGGAGGAGGCCAGGCCAGGAAAAGUCCCCGGCAGGCACCUGAAGGAGCAGAAGGAAGCGCAAAGACAUUGGUUCGCCAAGGAACCUUCAAUGUGGAUGAGGAAGGGACGGAAGGGGAGCAGGAAGGCCCCACCACCCUCCAUGCCACCCUGGAUGCCCACCUCACUAGGACAAAGGGUGUGAGGCAGCUCAAAUAAAAGGGUGACCAAGGGAGAGACUGAGAAAGAGAGGGUUGGGUGUCAUUACUGCUGCUGCUGCUGCUGCUGCUGCUGCUGCUGCUGUUAUUAUUAUUAUUACUGCUGCUACACCACUUCUGAGACUGUGGCUUUUUUUUCUCUUUUUUUUUUAUGCUAUAAGGACUGGUUGCUCUUCUUUUGUUGCUGUUGCUGCUGUCACUUUACUAUUUCUUCUUCCUCAACUUCUACUAGUACUACUGCUACUGUGAUUCCUUUCCAAUUCUAAUUUGAUGAUACUCAUAACUACUGCUAUUUCUACUCUUAUUACUAAUACUUCUUCAAUUACUGUUUCUACUUCUACUUCUGCUACUACUACUGUUACUUCUGUUCCUCCUCUUCCUCUUCCUCUUCUUACUAUGUUAACUUGAUUAUUCUCCAGCUAAUAAUUUCGCCAUUUCUACAACUGACUAUUACUACUACUACUACUACUACAAUUCCCUGUACUAUUUCUUCCACUACUACUCUCAUUACUACUGCUGUUGUUAUGGUGGCAGUGAUGUUGUGUCCAGUAGCCCCAUGACACAAGCGUUCUGUCUGUGAUGUUCAAAAAAAGUUCCUUUCGUCACAACACAAGGAGGAGUCUCAUGGAGUCUUGGCAUCAGUGAGAGCUCUUUGGCCAGUGAGUCAGUGAGGCUGUUGUCAGUGUGUGGGCUGCAUUCAGAUUUGAGUGUAGUCUGUGUGUAGGUCCGGUGUGGGUUGCAGUUUACUGUCCUGAUUGAUCACAAACAGUUACACAAUCAAAGGAAUUUAUGUUGAUGUAAUACAGGCAAAUUGUGAUUAUGAGUGACUUACUUUCACUGGAAGUCUUUGUGAAUUUACAGAGAUUAAUUUUGUGUUCUGUGGGUUUUUUCGAGUAGGUGUGAUUUCAGUAUUUUUAAGUUAUUUUUUUGGAUUUUAGUUAGAAAUGUGAGUUCUACAUUUGUAAAAUCAGGAUAAAGAACAAUAUUACUUUAUUUGUAAUGGAAAAUUUGUAAAUUCAACGUUCAUAGAUUUUGCAUCACCUGUACUGUGUUGUGAAGAGAUUAGGAACUGUUUCAAGAUCAAUUAGAGAUUAGGACAUGGGGAAGCAGGGAGUAAGAAUCUGUAUACAAAGAGUUUGGCAGGAGCCUUUUCAUAGCUUUUCCAGUCAUUUUGUUGACAGUCACUCAUAAUUUUGCUUUUGAUUGUUGGUUAAUCUUUAUUGUCUUCUCAAAUUAGUGGAGACUUAGUGAAGGCAAACUUGUGAGUGGAUGGUGGAUGUCAAUGAACUGGCUGAAGAAGUGAUGCUAAUACCUUCUGUCCAUUCCUGUGUAUAUUCCCCUCAUGUCCCUUGUGUUUUGGAGUGAUGAGGCAUCCUUGAGAUCUUCCUCUGCUUAUUGACACUUCUAUUUGCUACUUAGUAUUUGUUUUUAUUGUCUGAACCGUUGGUCAUUCGGCCUUGUGUUCAUCUCCCUGAGUCCCGUGAUGCACAAAAUACGUUACACAUUCAGAAGGAUUGAAUGUUCUCUGUAUUGAUGUCUAUGUAACCAUUAUGUUAGCACUAGCAUUGCACACUGUAUUAUAAUAUUUACAGAACUCUCGUAAGUCACGUAUAUAAUGCACAAACUUAGCUUUGCAUGCACGUAAACUAUGGAUCUCCUCUUAGCAUCAUGUGAUAUAUUGAAAUGCAUGAAGCCUCCUUUUGACAUCCUUCUUUAGGUAGCUUGUAUGUUUUGGUUAAAGGCGAGGCUGUGUAGAUCUCUCCUUGGUAUUGUGAUAUAUUAGUGCACAAAACUAUUUAUAUUGAUGCACAAAACUGUUUUUUAUCUCCUAAGUGGAUUCUUUAAUUCGGUUGUAGGUGAGAUCUGUUAGGUCUCCUCUCCCUGCUGUCUUUAUGUGAUAUAUUAAUGCAUACCAAAUUAUCUUUUUUUUUUUUAUCUGCUAGGAAUGUAGCUUUUUAUUAUGCUUAUAGGAAAGCCUUUUUUGGUUUUAUCUCUCUGCUGUCUUGAUUUUGUGAAAUGUGGUGAUGAGAGGAAAUGUGGAAUGAUGCAAAAGUAUUAUAUCUCUAAUGUUUCAGCUCUGAAGAUGACAACAGCAGAAAUGUUAGAGAAAUAAAGUACUUCUUCCUCACUCUGUCUCCCCUCACCACCAUAUUCCUCUCCCUUGCUGUGCUUUUUCUUGAUUGUGAUAUGUUCAUGCACACCAAAUUUUGUACCCCUAAGUAGUAAGGUUGUUUUGAUAGAAGGUGAGAGGUGAGUCUUUUCCCAUGCUCAGUGUUGUGUAGUGUUGCUGCCCCUCGCCACAGCAACACUCGCGUAGCCAAACCCAGACAUCGAUUCAUGGUUAGAGUUGUCACGUUCCCCAUCAUCCCUCCUGUUGAUAACUUGCUAUUUGUGUCUCCCUGCUUUUCUUACAUGGGAUUUUGGUUGAAUGAGUCGUCCAUCUGGGAAGCAGUUGAGAUUGCUGUCGCUUUGAUGUGAUGAAGUCCUGGUCAUGUAUCAACGCCUCCCUGUCUUUGCCUCACAGGAUGUUGAUUGGUUCUUGAAACUGAUCUGGAGACACGGAAGAUAGUGGUUUUGAUGUGUUUAACUCUUGUUUGUUUCAUUGGUAUCUCCAGGUCUUUAUUAAGGGAGAUGUUGAUUGAUUCAGAAGAUUCAUCAGGUACAGGAGGCAUUCAAGUUGGUGGUCGUUUUGAUGCGUUUAACUCCUAUUUGUUUUGUCAUUGUCUCCAAGAAAUUAAUCAGGUAUAGGAAUAGUCAAAAUAGUGUUAGGUUUAUAAAAUUCAGUGUCACUCCUUUUUUCUGCAGAUAUUGGGUCUGCCUCAAUCACUCAUGGCUUGUUUCACUUAGAGCAUGAAGAUCUGUAGGCUGUGCUGUAAUUAGUGUCACAUAAUUCAUCACAAACAUCAUCCGUGAGUGUUUGUUGGUCUCUGUGAUCUUUUACUUUCCCCCCAUAAGGUUGAUCAAUUGAAUUAAGUACAUUACUGUAAGAGUUUGCUAUUAAUACAGCAGUUUUUCUUCCAUAUCAAAUCAGGAAUCUCAUUAAUCUAUCACUGUCCCCCCAACAUGUAGAUAAAUGGAGUUACAUACGGUGAUGGAGAUCUUCUGUUGAUUCAGCACUCAGCAGGUCGUCUAUUAAUACAGCAAGUUUAAUUUUUCUUGUAUGUCAAAUAAUUCAGGAAUCCCAUUGAUCUGGAACUGUUCCCUCACCAUGUCGAUAAAUGGAAUUAUGUACAAUGAUGUAACGAUGCAGGUUUUUUUGUUGGUACAGCAGGUUGUCUAUUAAUACAGCAGGUUUGAUUUUCUUCUAUAUCAAAUAAUUCAGGAAUUUCAUUAAUCUGCAAAUUUUUCCUCACCAUGUCGAUAAAUGGAAUUAUGUACAAUAACAGGAUUUUGUUUUGAUACAGCAAGUUGUCUAUUAAUAGGGCAGGUUUUGUUUCUUCUGCUGUACUGAAUCAAGUUCCUCAGUAAUGCAUAUUCUGCUUGAGGCCUCAUUUACCUUCUCUCAGGACUUGCUGCAUGGUUACUAGGAGACCCUUGUUACAUAACUAAGCUUUGGCAGCUGCAGACAAGGGCUUGUGGUGGCUUAUGGCUGCAUGGCUGGACUGGGUUGUUUAAUAAUGAAUUGUGAAUCUCAACUCUACCCCAGAAGUUUGUUGUUCCCAGGAAUUUAAUUAUUUCUGUGGUUUUUGAACAUUUCUUCUGUCUUUUGCUCAUUCUUGGGGAUAUUUGUGUCCCCGUCAGUCUGUUGGUAAUGUGUCAGGUGCAUGAAGGACAGUGUUCCUUUGCCUCAAUAUUGUGUAGCUUACAGAGUGCCCUGGUUGUGUUGGCACGUUGCUCAGACCCACGACGGGGUGAAAGCUGCUUAUACCAUGCCAUUCUUUUGGUGAUCAGACAGCCUUGCUUGUUCAAAUGCUCUGGAAAAGUAAGUGUACAUAGUGAAUGGACUAGAAUCUGCAUUGUAUUUCAUUCUGUCACUAUACAGUUGCUUUUACAUACGUAAUUCAGGUUAUACUUACAAGUGCUCAAAUAAUUCCCUUGUUUUGUUAUAAAGAAAUAAGAAAUACCAUGGAAAGACUGCAGUUAAAACUGGUUGUAAAGUUAUGAGCCACAGGGAACUACAAACUGGUGAGGUGUGACUGCAGAGGCACAGGAUUAAGAGGCAUUUUGUGUCCUUAACAAAAUGCUGCUGGUCAUGGUUAGUAGAUUAACAUGCAUCAACUUCCAAUGUGUUGUGCAUUUUAACUUCAAUCUUAAGUCCUCAUUUGCUGUGAGUCUCCUUACCAAACUUGUUACCAAACUUGACAAUGGAGACAGUAACAGCAGAUCAGGGGAUUUGAGAUUAAGGGUGAAUAUUGAACAGUAGAAGUGCAGCACAUUAAUCAGCUAUUCUCCAGGACUACUUUUAUCAGCUGUGUUUAUUUGUGCUCACCCUUGCCUGUGUUGUGUUGCCUGUUGGUGUGCCUCGGGCUGGAGUGUCACUGCCCCUUGCCACUGUCUACACAGAGGUUGUUCACGUUAAGGUUGUCCCUUACAGGAGCAGUUUGUUGAGAUUAGUGUGUUAUGCAAAAUAGGUUAAGUCCCUUUUUUUACUUUCUAAAUUAGAUAUAUUUUUGUGCUGCUUAAGGCAUAAGUGCCUCUAAGGAACACUCUUUGGUUGGCAAACUGAAAUUGUGUUCUUCAGGGAUGACUUUUGUGUAAAUCUUAAGAGUGGAGAGUUUAGUAGGAGUGUGAGGAUUGCUGUCACUGCCCUCCCUUCCUGGUGCUCCUGGAAGCCUUGGACGCACAAAUGACAGACAUAACUAGUCCGUAGAAUUGUGAAACCGACAGCUGUUGGAGAUGUAAGCGUGUAGUUUGCUUGUUCGUCCAGCGUAGGACCUGUGAGCUGAGAUACUUAACAAGGGUAUCAGCGAAGACUCCUUGAGGGGAUUUAUUACUUCCAUAUUUUUGUAAGUAGCAGGAGAACUUUGUGCCUUUUAUUAGUACACGUAAGGAAAUCUGGUAGACUGGAAACACUGCUAUGAAACACUUUCAUCCUCCCUUGUGCCAGUCUCUGUGGCCAUGAGGGAGCAGCACUUGUAGCUUCUGGUGUUCUGUGGUCUUGUAGCCAAAGUGCAGAGCUUUAUCCAUUUACUGUGUACUGUAUAUUGAAAAAAGGCAAAAUAUAAACUCAUGGUACUC